GGUCUCCCCCCACCCCCUUCCGGGCACGGUUUAUAAGCCGUCAUGAUCGGUGUGGGCAUCAGCAGUCGAUCUCAGGGAAGAGACCGUCGAAGCAGAAGCAGGGACAGCCAGACGCGUAUUCAACGAUGAAAGUAUUAGUGCUCGUCGCCUCUCUAGGGGUGCUCGCGCAGGCUCGCCCAGAGGCCGGGUACUCGUACUCCGCGCCGUCCAGCAGUUUUGGAACUUCUGGGGGCGGGUUAAGUGGCGGCGGUUUUAGCGGUGGCGGCAUAGGAAUCAGUAGCGGGGCUCUCGGCGGUGGCGGCAUAGGAAUCAGCAGCGGGGCUCUCGGCGGCGGCGGCGGUGGCGGCGGCAUAGGAUUCAGCAGCGGGGGUCUCGGUGGCGGCGGCGGUGGCGGCGGCAUAGGAUUCAGCAGCGGGGGUCUCGGUGGCGGAUUUGGCGGUGGCUCCGGGGCGUCAUUUAGCGGCGUCUCAGGAGGAGCAAUCGGAGGUGGUUCCCUCAUCCAGAAGCACAUAUAUGUGCACGUGCCGCCCCCAGAGCCGGAGGAGCACAUAGCCCAGAGCCUGCCUCAAUUCCGCCCAGCUCAGAAGCACUACAAGAUUGUGUUCAUCAAGGCGCCCACGCCGCCCACACCGACAGCCGCAAACAUCCAGCUGCCCGGCCAGGACGAGCAGAAGACGCUCAUCUACGUGCUCGUCAAGAAGCCUGACGAGGCAGAAGCACUCAACAUCCAGCAGCCAGCCCCUACGCAGCCGUCCAAACCAGAGGUCUACUUCAUCAAGUACAAGACGCAGAAGCAGGUUUCCUCCGGAGGCGCUAUUGGCGGUGGUGUUGGUGUUGGAGGUGGUGUUGGGGGUGGAAUCGGCGUUAGCAGCGGUGCAGGAGUUGGCGGUGGCGUUGCAGACGGAGUUGGCGGCGGAUACAGCGGCGGCGGAAUUGGUAUCAGCAGCAGUUCAAUCGGAGCCGGAAGCAGUGGUGCCAGUGUCUCUUCCAGCUACGGUCCCCCUGGUGCCAGCGGUCCGUACUAAAUCGGUUUCCACCUGCCAGAUGCUGAAGUCAGUGACACACAUCGCCUUUACUACCGAGUGAUACCGUUUAUAAGCCAUCUGACAACUGGCAGAAGUCUUAAAUAACUCGUCGAAAUCAGUGUCAGUAUUUAUUGAUUCUCAUAUAACAUCACUUAGCGCGGAAUCAGAGUGUGUGACGUAUAAAUGUCGACUGAACAAUGCGCAGCAUGAUACAAAUGCUUACCCGACGCGCCAUUAACCUUUUGAAGACUAGAUUUCUUGUAAACAGUAUAUAUAUAUAUAUAUAUAUUUAGUUCAUACCUCACAGGAAACGCAUUAUGUCUCCGCUACGAAGACCAACCGGUUAAUGAUGUUUAGGGAAACAGUCGCUGUUUGUUGUGAGAACCAUACGAAACACAAAUAGAAUGUUAAGGCAGGCGGUAUAUAUUGUGACCACUGGGCUUUAAAGGGUUAACUGAGACUGCAGAUUCGUGCGUUGUAACAAAGGCAUUGCACUUAACUUUAAUAUCGUGCCAUUUCUUUUAAUCCUGGCUCUUAAUACUUUGAUGGCGAAGAGCCAAAAGACAUUUCUAACUUUUUUCUUUAAAUAAAGUGGAACUUACGCGUGAAUACUUAAAGAAAUCCUCGUAUUGUUAAGAGACCUUCACGAAACAGGGUAUGCGAGUAAAAUGUAUGUGUCGAUGCUCAUCUGUUUACUUGUUAUUGUUUGAUUCGAUUAGUUUUAAGAGACACCCUACGUUCACUGCUCAAUGCUUGGGUUGCGUCAUUUAUAUGUAUUUUUGUAUUGUGUUUGUAUAUAUAUAUACAUGUAUAUUUUUUGCAAGAAAACGGUGGCAAUAAAUGUAUUAAUAAGAUUUUCUUCGAGUGAUGUCAACUUGUUUUCCUUACUAUGUCCUGUUCCACCCUAUACAUGAACAUGAAGCUGAUGAUUUGGGUUUUGAGUCCUUCACCUCUGUAGUCAGUGCUGAACUAAUCAAAUCAGAGAAAGCACAAAACUUUGUUCGCAAGUCACACAUUUCGACGACUUGGGGGGAGCCCAAAAUUGCAGCUGUUAAAUGCUGCCGGAGGUAAGUUGAAACAGUCUGUUCCUUGAAUAACCAAUGUAUCAAUAAUCCUUUAUGCAUUUAUUUUGAAAUACGUGUAUUUCCGUUAGUUUUAUAUUUUUACAAGUUUUAAGCAGUCAGAAUUAUCAGAUCUAGGGCCGAUAGUACAAAUCAAAGAACUGUAGGAAGAAGCUAUGUUCCGAAAUGCAUCCCUCCCAAUUUUGCAUUAUCUCAUCGCAGAGACAAUUUCAGUGUUGCACAACUGAUUUAAGCGCAUACAGUCUUAAACUAGGCUUAUGUCUAUACGUCUACAUCACAGGGAAGAGUGAUAUCUUCUGGGAUGUGAUGCCGUGUAGUCUGGCCUGUAACUUCAAAUGUGAAGAGUAAUCCACGCAACAAGCAGAGCUCUGCUUUAUACCAGGCUACACGGCGUCACAUACCAGAAUAUAGUAUUCUUCCGUAUCACCGUCGUAAGAACCCCAAGUCCACACUCACCGUCCAUUUAUAUAAGCCCUACAUCCUGUAAUGUUACCAUGAUAUUUGCAAAGAGCCGUUCUAGCCUAAUUUCCUUAUUCUGAAAAAAAAUUAAAGUUGGGCUUAUGAGAUCACCUUGCUGUCUAUGUGUAUGCGUGUCUAUAUCAUGGCGCCUUAGCCCAUCUCAACGGCGCAAUUUAUUCAUACCGUCAUUAACGCCAACAUUACAAAAUUUGAAUUUUCUUAGACAAAGUAUUAAUACUGUAACGUACAGACCCAUUGCUAGGCAACGACUCGGUAAACACAUUUCAACGGGAGUCAAUAAAACGGUCUUUUCCGCGAGGUCCGCCCCGAAGCUAUAUGAAGAGAAGUUCCAAUGGAGCAAUUAGUUGACAAAGCUGAGGGUUCAGUUGUGAAGUGUUAAUCAACGGGCAACGGAAGAUGAAGAAUCUCCAUUGUUAGAUUCGUUACCAGGAAACGUCUAGCGAAAACAAUGCAGAGGACUAGGGUUACCAAACAAAGACUAGUGGAAGUACAGUGAGAAGGCUUAGUGUGGAGUGAUUUGUAGUGUGAAAAUCAGUAAUAGUGUAAUAAUUAUUUUGUAGUUACGACCUGUAAUUGAA